AUGGACUUGAAAACAACAUAUGUACAUAAAGAGACAGAACCAAUCUACUUGGGUGGCACUAGCGCAAGUAUAUCGUCCUCAGAUGGACAAUAUCUAGCCACACCCCUCAAUGAAGAUGUAGUUAUAACUGAUUUGAACACCAACGAGAUCUACUACAAAAUCGAAGGAGAUGACGACGAGGCAAUCACCAGUUUAUGCAUCACUCCAGACGGUAAAUACCUAGCCAUCUGCUCACAAUCGCAACAGCUACGCAUUUUCGAUAUCACGUCUAAGCAAAUCACAAAGACUUUUAAGCUUUCAUCACCAGUUUAUAUAUCGACCGUGGAUUCGACGUCAUCGUUGUUUGCAUUUGGUGGGUCAGAUGGUGUUGUGACUGUUUGGGAUAUUGAAGGUGGAUAUGUGACCCAUUCUUUGAAGGGGCACGGAACGACGAUUUGUUCGAUCACCUUGUAUGGAGAGUUGAACAAUUUGAAUAGCUGGAGAUUGGCUAGUGGUGACACAAUGGGUACAGUUAAAAUAUGGGACUUGUCGAAACGGAAAUGUAUACAUACUUUAAAGGAUCACAAUGCUGCCGUUAGAGGUGUUGCAUUUGAUGAGAAUUACGAGUAUUUCAUAACUGGUGGAAGAGAUCAUGUUGUGAUUAUAUACAACACAAAAAAUUUCAAGCCGUUGUACACCUAUCCGAUAAGUGAACAGAUUGAGGCAAGUGGGUUUACGAGGUAUGCUAAUGAGCGUCAGUUUUUCUACACUGCAGGCUCCAGUAAUGUUUUGCGAUUGUGGGAUAUCAAAACGGGUGACUUGGUUGCUCAGUCACCACAGCCUUUAGAGACGAGUGAGGAGUUGUUGAUUAUUGAUGUGAUUAAAGUGUGCCAUCAACAAUUGUACUUGGUCAUCAGUGAUCAAACAUUGGUGGAGUUGGAUCUUUCAACUCAAGAGCAACGCACAAUAAGUGAGAACGUGAAGGAACUAUCUGUUGUCAAGCGAAUUGCUGGUAAUCAGGGUAUAAUUGCCGAUGUGAGGUACGUUGGCCCUAACAGUAGCUUGUUGGCGAUGGCGACAAACUCUCCGGCAUUGAGGAUCAUGGACUUGCAAAAGCCAUUUGAGUUGAAAUUGUGCGAAGGUCAUAGAGAUAUUUUGAAUGCAUUGGAUGCAAGUCCUGAUGGAAGAUGGGUGGCCACUGCGUCGAAAGAUGGUGAAGCCAAGUUGUGGGCCUGGAAUGAUGAAGUUGAGAAUUUUGAAUUGUUUUCCACUUUCCAAGGCCAUGCAGGGGCAGUCACUGCAAUCUGCUUGAAUAAACUCACACUGGAUCCCACGUUUUUAAUAACUGGAUCGAGCGAUUUAACUAUUAAGAGAUGGAACAUUCCCAGAACCAGUGGGAGUGUAGUAAAGACCUCGGUGUACACACGAAGAGCACAUGAUAAAGAUAUAAAUGCCAUUGAUAUAUCCCCCAACGAUGAGUACUUUGCCACUGCCUCUUACGACAAGUUGGGCAAAGUCUGGAGCUCACAAUCAGGGGAAACAAUUGGUGUGUUAAAAGGUCAUAAAAGAGGAUUAUGGGACAUCAAUUUUUACAAAUAUGAUAAAUUGAUUGUAACAGGAAGUGGAGACAAGACAUUAAAAGUGUGGUCGUUGAAUGAUUUCACAUGUCAAAAAACCCUUGAAGGACAUACAAAUUCUAUCCAACGAGUAAAAUUCUUCAACGCACAACUGCCACAACUUGUAUCAUGUGGAGCUGAUGGGUUAGUCAAGAUUUGGGAUUUUAAAGCUGGAGAAGAGAUUAAAACUUUGGACAACCAUGACAACAGGAUCUGGGCAAUGGCUUUACGUGAUGACCAAGGUGACGAGUUCAUCACUGCUGAUGCGGAUGGUAAAGUGACUAAAUGGACAGAUAAUACGGCUGAAGAAAUGAGGCUACGUGAUUUGGCAGCCAAACAUAAAGUCGAACAAGAGCAGGAUUUAUCAAAUUUCGUCAAGAAUCAAGAUUGGAGCAAUGCGUUUUUGUUGGCAUUGACAUUGAACCAUUCUAUGAGAUUGUACCAUGUGAUUAGAUCGUGUAUUGAAACUAAUGAGGAUGACGAAUCAACUAUUGGGUCAUUUGAAUUAGAAAACACAAUCGGUCAAUUAAACAAUGAUCAACUAGUUACCCUAUUCAAGAAAAUUCGAGAUUGGAAUAUCAAUUUCAAGUUUUUCGAAAUUAGUCAGUCAUUAAUUCAUGUAAUUUUGCAACAUUUUGCCGUUGAGACUUUGAUUGAGAUACCAGGGUUGAUGAAGAUUAUUGAUAGUAUCAUUCCAUACAAUGAGCGUCAUUACAAUCGAUUAGAUGAUUUGAUUGAGCAGACUUAUAUAUUGGACUACACAGUUGAACAAAUGAACCGCUUACUAGCUUAG